CAGGUAGCGCGCGUCUGUGCACUGUAGUUGCAUAGAUACUGUACCUUUUUUGUACUUCUGCAAAUUGGUUUUUUAAGUGUGAAUAAUUGUAGAGGUAGCAGAAAAGGAAGUGAAAAGAACACAGCAGGGACAUGAAUCUGGCUGUGGCAUUCUUGGAAUGGUCACUUCACACUAAGAACUUUGGAGAUGAACUGCUGUUCCUGCUGAGACCAUUAUAUGAUUAAUGGAACUAGCAUAUGAAAGAGCAACUCCCCGCAUUUCUCCUACGCCUGGGAUGAUAUCGGCAUGUCAAAUUUCAGUGCAAAUGGACUGAAUGCUUGGAGGUUGACAAGGCGCGAGUCUCGUCUGUUUCCUCCCGAUUCACUGAAAUUUCAUUCGUUUGUUGUGGAAACUGGCUCGAAGCUGCGAUGUGGGAGGAAGGAUAGUCCACAGGCGAGGAAGGGUAGGCGGUCUGCUGGUGAAGAGUCGGCUGCCAGGCAGCUGACUUAUUGCUGCUGCCACGUCGAGAACAGUGACAUCACCUCUGCGGUGAAGUUCCGCUCGGGCAGCCCCACCUGUGUCCCGGACUGUGGCUGCUGCUUGGAAGAGACUUGUGACGAAACCGUAGGGUUGGCAGCUUUUGUGCCCGAAAAAGACCAUCAGGUGCGUCAGAUCCGUUGUGCCAUGAAAAGACGGGCUAGUAGUGAUCCGCGCCCUAGGAAGGUUGCGAAGGUGUCCGUUCGGCAAUUGGCUGUUACCAACAAACGGAAUUCUGUAAAUACAAAAGGAAUAACACAAUUACAGCCAUCAGUUAUUAAAGACAGUGAUGUGGCAAUUUCCAGUAACUCUCUUUCUUCGCAACCUCGUAACCAGAAGACAGGAAAGGGAAAACUUUCUGCUGAACGGUUGCCUCUGUUCUGGAAGCCUUCUGUGCAACUCCAGCGACUUCCUGCCGAAAUUGUCAAGUGCUACUUGUCCAGACCGACUGUCGUGUUGUCGAGGUUACCCACUAGCCUAUUUCAGUGCCAAGAGGUUUCUUCUAAAGAGAAGGUUCCUAUCACUGCAGCAAGUGCACCUGAAAAACGUUUGAACGCUGACUCAAAACUAAAAGACCAGGAAAGAAAGAAGCUGAAGAGGAAUGACCUUAGCAUCCUGGACCGAGUGAAGACUCGUAACACGGAAGCAGUUAAUGCCGACAGCAAUACAAAGUCUGCAAAGGAGGAGACUCCUGUGAUUUCAGCAAAUAAAUCUAGACUACGUUCCAAGUCUGAAACAAAACCAGAAGAAUUGGAGAAGCAGAAAAAGAGUAAUAGUAGUAACCUGAGGACAACGGACAAUGACAAAGACUCUAGCACGAAGUCGGUCAGUGCUGGCGAUGAUACGAACUCACCUCAGAAGGGGGCUCCUGUGAUUUCAGGAAGUGAAUCUCGAACACGAUCUAAGUCUGAACCAAGACCAGAAGACUUGGAAAAGCAAAAAAAGAGCAGCAGUGGCCUGAGGACAGUGGACAAGGUCAAGAGUUCUAGUACAAACACGAUCCACGCUGAUGUUAAUACGAAAUCGGCACGAAAGGUGGAGGUUCCUGCGAUUUCAGGACGUGAAUCUCGAACACGUUCCAAGUCUGAUCUGAGACCAGAUGAGUUGGAAAAAAGAAAAAGGAGCAGCAGUGGCCUGAGGACAGAGGACAAAGUCAGGAGCCGUAGUGCAAACUCUGUCCAUGCUGAUGUUAAUAUGAAUUCAGCGCAGAAGGUAACUCGUCAGGCUGUAGCCAGUCAGAAUGCUCUGUCACCAGUAAGGAACCUGCGUUCCAAUUCUCCUAAAAAACCUGAAAGGAAAAUGUAUAGAAAUGCAGGAGAAGUAGUUAAUGCAGAGGUAAAAGAUGUCCACUCUAAAUCUACCAGUGCUGGCACCCACAAAACAGAUGAACAGACUAAAUGGAGAAGGAGUAAAAGUGCAGAAGCGAUAUUUAAUGGAGCACAAAAUGAAGUUAAAUCAGAUUUGGCCAGUGUUGCUGCCGAUAAGUUAGAGGAACAGGUAUCGUGUCAUCCAGUAACACGACACAGCACAUCUUCAGCCUCAGCACUAUCAAACAGUUUGCAGCCGAAAUCUCCCUCAAAGACUGGUGGUCUGUCUGUAGAAGAAAGAAAUUAUUUUCCACAAUUGAAAGUUACUAGACUAUUAGAACUCACUAACAACAAUAGGUCUGCAGCCACUAUUGAUGAGUUGGUGCAAGAGAUGUGUUCUCCAACUUCAGCAAACAUGCCCCCAAAAAACUCAGAGAUUACACCAGAAGAGAAACCUUUGAAAAAAAGUGUUAGAAGGCCAAGACGUGAUGAAACUGGUGGUGGACUUCCAGUGGAGAGUCCUGAGGACUGUAAAGAAAAUGGUGUUACUAGUGGAGAUAAAAAUCCUGCCUUGGAGAUACAUUCUCCAGCUUCAGCAGGCACACCUCAAAAAGAUUCAGAGACUACACUAGAAGAGAAAUCUUUGAAAAGGAAAAGAGGAAGGCAAAGACGAGAUGAAACUGGCAGUGGACCUUCAGUGGAAAAGUCUGAGGACCAUAGACAUGAUGAAGUUACUAGUAGAGAUAAAAAUGAUGCUGCCCUUGAGAUACAUUCUCCAGCUUCAGUAGACACACCUCACAAAGAUUCAGAGACUACACUAGAAGAGAAAUCUUUGAAAAGGAGAAGAGGAAGGCAAAGACGAGAUGAAACUGGCAGUGGACCUUCAGUGGAAAAGUCUGAGGACCAUAAACACGAUGGAGUUACUAGUGGAGAUAAAUAUGCUGCCCUUGAGCAGGCUCCUGUCACUGCAAUAAAUGUACCUGAAAAACGUUGCAAGACUCACUCAAAACCAGAAGAUCUGGAAAGAAAGAAGAAGACAAGGAAUGACCUGAGCACCAUGGACCGAGUCAAGCUUUGUAACAUGGAAGCAGUUAAUGCUGACAACAGCAAUAAGUCAUCAGAGGAGGAAGCUCCUAUGACUUCAGCAAGGGAAUCUAGAAGACGUUCCAAGUCUGGAUCGAGACCAGAUGACCUAGAAAGGAGAAAAAGGAGCAGCAGUGACCUGGGGACAGAGGACCAUGUCAAAAGUCCCAUUACAAAUUUGGACCAUGCUGAUGGUGAUAGGACCUCAGCACAGAAGGUGCAUUCCCAGCCAUCUCAAGAAUCUUCAGAGUCUACAUCAAACCUGGAGGAUGUGAGAAGAAGAAAGAGACACAGUAGUGACAAUAAGGCUGCCAAUGCCACCGUGAUGAGUAGAGUGGAAGACAGUAUUAGAAGCAAAGUUCAUGCUGGAGAUAAGAAACACACACAGGAGGUGCAGCUCCAAGCUUCAUCUCAAGAGCAUCCAAAGUCUGAGUCAUUAAUGAAAACUCUGGAAAGGAGAAGAGAGAAAAUAAGGUACAGGAAGAUGCAGGCCUAUUGUGUAACAUGUAAAAUGGAACAUAACAACAAAGAUGCAGUCACUGGCGGUGACAGGAAAUCGUCACGUGCGCGGGCUCCUGCCACUUCGGUAAGCGUACAAGGAAAGCGUUUGAAGGCUGACCAAGUACCAGAAGACCUGGAAAGAAAGAAAAAGAGGAGGAACAACCAGAGCACCAUGGACCAAGCCAAGAGUCAUGAUACAGAAGAAGUUAAUGCUGACAGCAGUAAAAAGUCUACACAGGAGGAGGCUCCUGUGACUGCAGCAAAUAAAUCUAGACAUCGUUCCAAGUCUGAAACGAGACCAGAAGAACUGGAAAAGAGAACAAGGAGCAGCAGUGGCCUAAAGACAGUGGACAAGGACAAGAGUUCUCCUGCAGAGUUUGUCAAAGCUGAUGAUAAUAGAAACUCAGCACAUAAGGAGACUCCUGUGACUUCAGUAAAUAAAUCUAGACAUCGUUCCAAGUCUGAAACGAGACCAGAAGAAUUGGAAAAGAGAACAAGGAGGAGCAGUGGUCUAAAGACAGCGGACAAGAAAAAGAGUUCUCCUGCAGAGUCUGUCAAUGCUGCUGAUAAUAGAAACUCACCACAGAAGGAACGUCCUGUGACUUCGCCAAGGGAAUCUCGAAGACGUUCCAUGUCUGUACCGAGACCGGAAGGCCUGGGGAAGCGAAAGAGGAGCAGCAGUCGCCUUAGGACGGAGGGCAAAGUUAAGAGCCCUAGUACAAAAUCAGUCAUUGCUGAUGAUAGUAGGAAGUCAGCACAGAAGAAGACUCCUGUGACUUCAGUGAGGGAAUCUCGAAGACGUUCCAAGUCUGAACCGAGAGCAAAAGUCGUGGAAAAGAGAAAAAGGAGCAGCAGUGGCCUGAGGACAGAGGACAAAACCAGUAGUGCUAGUGGAAACUCGUUUAAUGCCAAUGUUAAUAGGACGCCAACACAGAAGGAGACUCCUGUGGCUCCAGCGAGUGAACCUCGAAGGCGUUCCAAGUCUGAACCACGUCUGGAGAAUAGAAAAGGGUGCAGCAAUGACCAGAUGACAGAGGAAAAAGUCAGGAGCCCUAGUAGAAACUCAGUUAAUGCUGAUAUUAAUAGAAAAUCUGCACAGAAGGAAACUUCUGUGACUUCCGGAAGUAAAUCUAGACGACGUUCCAAGUCUGAAUCGAGACCAGAAACUUUGGAAGGGAGAAAUAGACAGAGCAGUGUCUUGAUGACACUGCAAAAAGCCAAGAGCCCUAGUAGAGAUGUGGUCAAUGGUGAUGUCGUGAGGAAGUCUCCGCAGAAGGAGAUCUCUGCAACUUCAGGAAGUGAAUGUAGACCACAUUCCAAGUCCGAAGUGAUACCAGAAGCUUUGGAAAGGAGAAAUACACAAAUCAGUGACUUGGCGACACCAGACAAAGUCAACAGCACUAGCAGAGACUUGGUCAAUGGCGACAUCAAUUGGAAGUCGGUGCAGAAGGAGACCUCUGCAACUUCAGGACAUGACUCUAAACAAUAUUCAAAUUCUGACAUGAGACCAGAAGCUUUGGAAAGGAGAAGUACAUACAUCAGUGACCUGGCGAUACCAUACAAAGUCAAGAGCACUAGCAGAGACAUGGUCAAUGGUGACAUCAAUAGGAAGUCAGUGCAGAAGCAAUCUUCUGGCACUUCGACAAACAGCUCUCAAAUACAUUCAGAGUUGGAAUCGAGAGAGGAAAGACAGAAGAAAAGGGUGGAAAGGAGCAAUGAAUGUCAGGCACAAAUUACAAUGAUGAAUGGAGGUGAAGAAAAUUUUAGUAUUCCAGUUGUUGGUGCCAAUGAAAAUUCCACACAGGAGAUUCUUCCAAAAGCUGCAGCACAAGCUGACAUGAGUGUACUCUAUAACAACAAACAUCAUUAUCCAGAUCAAGCCUCCAAGUUGCUUAACAAAAUUCCGACCAAAUUGGAAAGAUUAAAGGCAAAAAUAUGCCAGAAUACCAGUGUGAAUAAGCUUCAAGAUGUUACCUCAAAUUUUCUAUAUAGUGGCGAUAGUAAUGUGAGGACAAGGCAAAAGAUGCUGGAAUCUUUAGCGCCAUCUCCAAGUUGCAGAUCAGUGAGGUCCAUGUUAUCAGAAUCUCGUACGUCACUGAAUUCCUUGUCAUCUGAAGGAACAGAAUUUGAGAGCCCCGCUUAUGAACCUCUUGGUUCAUCACCUAUCUUCAUGCAGAAUUUGAGGGAUGAACAUGAGGAGAUUCAGAAAACAAAGGUAAUUUCUCCGAGCUGUCGUUCGGACUGCUGCAGUUUAAGACAACCACAGGAACUGACUUCUCCACCACUGAAGAUACAAUUGCAGAACAAGACUGCAGUUCGUCGGCUAUCAGAUGUGUUUGAUGCUGUGCCAUCCACUUCCAAGGGAGCAGCUGCUCAUCGAAAAAUGGCAGAAGAGCAGAGGCUGAAAUGUUUGGUUGCAGCAGAGGAUGAUGGAAAUGUGGUCCCGUGCCACGAGGUGGAUGCUUCCUUUUAUGAAGAGUGGACGAAACGUGUAAGAGAAGCGGACCGGAAGGCAGAGGCUGGUUUUGCACCUAAAUAUUCCAAGAAAUACAAAGGCCGCAAAGAAACAUCUGAUGAGAUGCCAACUCCCAGUGACGAUGGGAAAGAAUUAAUUUUGUCACAGAAGCUCAGUUCUACUUCUCCCAUGAAUUGCAAACAGCACAACGUUGUACCGAACAAACUAGCUCUGUUAGGUUGGAAAGAUUUGCACUCUCCAUCAAAUUGUGUUCCCAGCAACAAGUCCCCAGCAACAAGACCUCUCAACACAAGUGAUGGUGGAACCAAUGAUUCUGAGGAGGACUGCAUAAUUACUGAUGUUCGGCUUUGUAGUAGUCCUUCUAGUUUUCUCAACAAAACCCCACCAUUGGGUAUAAGGAAGAACUCCAGUACUAGUACAACAGUAACAGGACAAAGAAAUUUGGGUAAAUCGCUUACAGAUAUAAGACCAGAGCAGCAAAUAGGCGAAUCUAAUGAGUUAACAGUAAUUGGAGUCAACCGUACCUCGAGUGCGAGGAAAUGGCAGCAUUGUAAUAAGUCACGAUUUCAGAGCAGUGCCUUUAGUGCAUGCCAUUGUCGUUCCAAGCGCGUCCAGCGAAGAUGUCGUUCCGCUAGCCCGAGGCUGUGCAGUGUCAAUGAUUAUUACAGAACUGAGGAUGACGAUGACGAAGACGAUGAUGACUACGAUGACGACAAGUAUGAUUUUGAUCCUGUCACACGUCUACAGCAGAUAAACAAGCAGAUAGAGCUUUUGGAGAACAGCACACCACAAGUGAAUCCGUUAUGGAGGCAUAAAACAAGGAAUCGUGCAUCACUUUUAGAAGGAAAUGGUGUGAAUAAGGUAAAGUCAGAUGGCUACCGAGAGGACAGUGAGGAUGACGACAAAUCGGUCAUCAUUCUAGACGAGCGAAAUCCGUGCUUCAGUCCGAGGUCUCCGAGCUAUACACCCCCGGAUCUCAGAGCUAAGAGAUCGAGUCCUGAACAGUGUGGGUCUUUGACAGUUGAGAAUGUUGCUAAGCAUAACAAUUUCUUGAAGAAUAGUAUUUCUGGCCCAUCCUCAUCAUCAUCUUUGUCAAUGUGUGGCUUGAGUGAUUCAGACGACGGUGCGUCAGUCUGUUGCGUCUCGAGGGGUAUGGUGACGCCAAGGAAAGGACUGGAUCGGGAGCCUUCCUUUACGGAGGCUUCUACACCCAGGACAAAUGGUGUUUCACCAUGCCUCUCUCCUACAACAAAGAGCAGAUCGAGGUGUUCGUCGCGGAAUGAGGAUAAUAGCAGGACAGAUUUGCCGACGUACUCAGCUACAAAAACCCACACUGUCAUUGGACAGAGGAAUGGUGCAGAAAUGAUACAUCUGUUUGCUUCCCCGGCGAGUUGUGUUACAGAUGAAGUUUCACCUGUUUUGAACAAGAGGAGGAAUCUACCAUUUAAAGGUAGUGUAAACAGUGCAAAACACAACGGACUGCUAGAUUCAGUCAGUAAAGACCCAGAAGUACCAUUGCGAGGACACAGUUCUCAGCUAGUCACUCCAUCUAUAUCAGCUGCUAGAAUGGCUACUGUUUUCUGCCACCGGACAGAUGGUGUGCAGGAAAUAGAAGACUGUUUGUCUCAAGAGAAUGACAUAAAUAGUAUGAAUGAAAAAGAGUCAGUCAGGAGAAAUCUGAAGACUCCAACAGAAUUGCAUGUUAGGAGGCUGUCGUCACUGUCUCCUAUGGAGACCUGCUACGGCCCUCCUUCUUCACCGGGCGAGCAAAGCAGUGAAUGUUCUAUGGAGAGGCGGCAUUCUGUAAGCAGUAUGGAGAAGUCCAUGUUAUUACAUUUAUUUGACGAAAUACGGACAAUGCCACAAUUGGAGAAGGGUAUCGAGAGAGAUGAGGAAGAAGAUUCGGUAUCUGCUGGAAACGUCUCAAUCUGCGUCGAUGGCUCUCAAUCAUCUGGCGAGUCGGAUGAUUUGGAUGCCGAAUGCAGGGACACUGAUGCAGAGGUGGUGGCUGAAGGAUUUGGCUUGCAGAUAACUCGUGGUGAUUUAGCUACUUUAUCUGGGACGAACUGGCUGAAUGAUAAAAUCGUGAAUUUCUACUUGAAACUUUUAACGGAAAGAGGGAGACAGAAUAGGGAACCAGAAGUGUAUGCGUAUGACACAUUUUUCUUCCCAAAACUGAUUAAAUGUGGCUAUGAAAGUGUCAAGAAAUGGACUAGAGUGGUAGAUGUAUUCAAACAUGACAUUUUGAUAAUUCCGGUUCACCUGGGAACGCACUGGUGUAUGGCAGCUGUGGAUUUCCGAAAGCAGACACUUGUGUAUUACGACAGUAUGGGAGGAGAGAAUGAGUCAUGUCUGAAGACCAUAUGGAGUUACUUGAAUGAAGAAUGUGCACAGAGAUCAGUUGAGCCACUAAGUGAAGAAAUAUGGCAAAUCCGGUGUGCGAAGGAUAUCCCGAAACAAAGCAACAACAGUGACUGUGGUGUCUUCAUGUGCAAGUAUGCAGAAUGCAUUACACGUGAUGCUAAGUUGGAUUUCUCCCAGAACGACAUGCCAGAGAUACGAAUGGAAAUGAUGGAAGAAAUACAAACAAUGACCCUGCUUCACCCCUGAAUGUGUAAUUGCUGACAGCUUUUGCACACAGAAAUCAAGGAAAAUUUACCAUUUGAGGCAUCAUUGUCUCACACACUUCAGUUAACAUGGAAGAACUAUAAAAAAGUGCAUGCUUAGAAAUAAGAUAAUGAUCUUUUUAUUGGUAUUUUCUUUCUUUCUUAUUAAAAAUUUACUUGUGUUUUAUGUCAGUGCGAGGAAAGACAUUUUUUAGUCCUGUAGAGGAAUACCAUUGCGUUAAAUGCUAGCAGCUUUUUUAAAGAUUGCACUGAAAGUUCCGAUGUAAAUGAAGAGAAAUGGAACUGCAAAAACUGAUGUAUCUAUAUGUACAUAAGCAUGGAAUUUAUUUUCAUAUGUUCCUAUAGGUCUACAACUUUGUAAAUUCGUUCAGAGGAGUGAGAUAUCAGUGUCAUUAUUGUUGAUGUUAUUAGUAUAUGUGUACAUGACUGUGAUGUAAUAAAUUAUAUACUAUAUUA